GCAUUACAUUUCCACGACUUUGUGAGUAUUGUUUCAGGCGCCAAAUGUGGUUCCGACUUUUUGCGCUCGCCGUUGUCGUAUCCCUUACUCUUGCACAAGGUAAUCAAAAGUACUACAAGCACCUCGGAAAUAUAAAAUAUAUGCCGCUUGCGAACCAAGUCUACUUUAGACAAAGGUCCGGAGAGAGUGGAGUAAAUGGCGGAGGUUAUCUGAAUCCAAGGCCGGAGGGGGAUAGAGAUACGAGCAUGGAGGAAGAGGUCCUGGAUAUAUUCAAAAACCUGAAUUAUAACAAAAGGACAUGAAAUCCGUGAAGUCUACCAUGACUCCUCAACACGUUUAAUAAAGCAUGUUUUUGUUAAUGACCACAAGUUCGCAAGAUUU